CUUGUUGGAUUUUUCUUCACUUCCCUUUUUCUUUGUGAUUUAGCGAACCACGUUUCUGCACGUUCCUCUUUUGACGUGCGGCACACAUUCACACACGUUCGGUUCAUCAUCAUCAAAGCGGCACAAAAGUCCCAACAGCGAGACGUAGCCCGAUCAACCACCACCCCGCCCGCUUCCAACUCGACGUCCCGUUGCGCAAAAACCCAAUCCGACAGCACCGUCAAAACCAUCACCAGCAUUUCGCACAAACAAAUGACCAAGCAAAGACGACACUUGCUCUCGUCGCUCGACCUCGGUCUGUCUCUUACGUCAGAGCAGGGCCAGCAUGGGCUACUCGCCAACCAGAGUCCCAGUCCAAGUCCCAGUCCCAGCCCCAGUCCGAGUCCCACUUCCACUCCAAGGAGCCACACUUCAACUGCUGCUACUGCUGCUACGCCUUACGCUGCCAAUGCGGCACCAGCGAGCUCGGGUCGCUCGGAGGACGGAUUGUCGGCGCUUUUGGCGGUUUCGGGCAUGGGUGGAUGUUCUUCACGUCCUACGUCCGACGCUUAUUCCCCUCAGCAGCACGCCGCGAUGGCCACAUCCAGCAAUACAGCAAGCAGCAGCAGCAACCUACGAGUGCCAGACAGCGCUCAUUCGUCGUCGUCCGUCAACGCUGCUGCGCUGCCAGUGUUUGCCUUCUUCCCCGCCAACGAGGAUGACCACCGCAUGUCCCCAAAACCCACAAACACGCCCGCACCAGCUCACCAGCAACCAGUGCAAACAACACUGACACUCAGCCAAGCCGGCCUCAGCCCGAAUCCGAGCGGAACACGCAACCGGCGGUCGUCCAUCUCGUCCAUUUCGUCCCUGCUCGAUUUGGUCAUGGACGGCGCGAGCGACUCGAGCGCGUUGGUCGCAUUGCACUCCUUCCCCAUGGACGCAUCGCCGCGACCAGCAGCAUUGGACGCAUCGCAUCGCAAGCAUUUUACCUUUGACGAGGCGCAUUCGGCUUCGGCAAACAGCCACCACACAUUUGACAUUGUUGUGAUGGAUCACAAUGGUCCGAUCCAGAGCACGUCGUCGUCGAUGAUGAUGCAAACGCCCGCAACCUACACUGCUCUCCGACCAGAGUCGCCACUGCCACACACUUCCGGUGGCGUUAACCACUUUUCCGGAUUGCAGCCCAUGCCGUACUCGGACCUGGAGGGUGCGCACGUUGCUUCCGACAACCAGGACAAUCGGUACAACGGCACGGAGGCCAUUCUGCACGCAGACCGCGAAGCGGACUCUGCCGCGCACCAAAAGGGCAACGCGGACCAGGCAACCAGCGCUGAUGCUCCAACCGAUGCUGGGGCUCAUUCGUGGCGCACACUACUCCUCGGCUACUUGGUCUUGUUUAUCGCUCUCUUGUCAGUCUCGUCGCUGGGCGCAGCUCAACUCUAUCUCGAGGGUGUGCAGCCCGUGCUGAGCGGCACCUGGCGGUUGCAGGCCGCUGUCGUCUUUUUGCUGCCAAUGUGCCUCAUCCAGCUCACUCGCGUCACGCCGGCCGAGCGCGUUGCCAUCUUGGAGAAGAAGAACAUUCUCCUCUGCGUCGGCCUGGCCGUCGCGCUGUUUGUUUGGGUGGCCACCUUUUACGUGGCCCUUGGCUUUACCUCGCUUGCGCAUGCCUACCUGUUCAACAACCUGCACUCGGCAACACUGAUCAUUUACCGCUUGGUCCGCAGGCAGCGCGUCCUGCCCCUCGAGAUCUUGGGCACGCUGCUGGCCUUCCUCGGCGGUGGUUUGACGCUCGUGAAGGCGAGUGGUGGGCCAGACGCAAACUCUGUGCUGAUUGGCGAUGGCAUUGCGCUGCUCGGCUCCCUUGGCGGUCUGCUGUACUUUGCGUACGCCAAGCAGCUCCGUUCCGCCGUCCCGCUUUACAUUUACAUGCUGCCCGUGACCUUUUUGAACAUGACCCUCAACCUGUGUCUCUCGUUUGCCAUCGAAGACACGAGCUUUACCGCCUCCUCUGUCAGCCAGCAGCCGUUUGGCUGGCUGUCGGCGCAGUGGAUUUGGGGAGGCGUGUAUCUCGGCUUGGUGACGGUCGUGCUGGGCAUGGUCUUGUACGUGGCCUUGCUCAAGAUUCUCCCGCCGCUCGUCAUCUCGCUCGUCAUGCUCCUGGAGCCUGUCAUUGGCACUGUGAUUGGCAUUGUCAUUGGCGUCCAAGGCAUCCCCGACGAGUGGACCAUCUCUGGCAGUGUUGUUUUGCUGAUUGGCACGGUGGUGGUCACCCUGGCGAACGCCCGCAGCUCUGUUCAGGCCCACCAAAAGCUCAAGCUCCAGGAGGAGCUCGAAAAGAAGCGCGCCCUCGAGAUGGAAAUGGUCGACCGGGCUGGCGCCGAAUCGGACGAUUCCAACCGAAGCACCUCCCAGCGGUACGCCUUUGUGCGCCUCGACGAGGAGGAGUAUGAGGACGGCACCUCCUCGCGUCUCGGUGAUGUCUCUACUGACAACGAGAAGGAGGUUGUAACUGAAGUUCGUGUGUCUCACGCAUGAGCCGAGUUUUGUUUGCUUUUUUUGUGUUCAUGUUUUUUCAUUACACUGGAUUUUGC